AGAGCCAGAGAAGAGAGAAAGCGGCGACAGGGCGGCGGCUGAGACACAGUGAGAGGGUAUCGUAUGUGUAAUCAGAUUACCAGGACCAGGCACCAAUCGACCUUUGAUUUGCCGCACGAGCGCAGUGAAGUCCCGCCAAGAGUUUCGAGAUUUGUGUAUUAAAUACCGGAGAUACGAUGGGGCGAAACUCCAGGAAGUAUAGAAAUGCUGGAGAAGAUGAGCGACCGCGCUUCAACUGGCUGGAGCUGGAGUUUAAUAAAUAGAAGAUUGGGGGCAGAUGGGAAUCUGAAAGGAUCAGAUCUCAACACGAAAGGAGAGAUCGUCGAAUGCUUUUGAACAAAUUGUCAUGACCACGAUGACAACGUCUCAGGCUGAAUGGAGUUGUUCUCUUUGCUUCGACAAGCCCCGUCACCCGCAGCCUUCAUGGCCCGAGCGCUUUUUCCGACUGCUUCGAUGCGAUUCUGUGUCCUUCCACCGCUUUCGCAGCCUUUCCAUCGCUGACAAUCGCCCUGGUAAUUACCGGUUCGUGACCGUGGAGAGAGCGUUGGUUGCAUCCAUUUUCUGGUUGUUUGCCCAAAAAGUUGUAUGUAUCACCGGGACUUUCCUUUCUAUCUCAUUCGAUACUACUACAGCAUGGAGGGGUGAUCCUAAAGUAAGCUGGUCCUUUCCACAAGUCGGUAGUAUGCGACAGGGUCUGCCUGGGUAUUACAGUCCAAUCAUACACGAAGUACUAAAUGCUGUGUAUUGUGUGGCAUCCCUCCAUCCACACUCACUUACUAUUAACACUUCCCAUCUUACAUGUACAAAAUACGUACCCAAUAUAAUACAAUGGGUAAAAUCCAAGAAAGAAAAGAAAAGAAAAAAGAAACUGCAGAAUUAAACUUUGACGUAGCCGCCCGGAUCUGCCUUGUCUCCAGGUCACAGAUUCUUUACUUUUCUUUUGCCUCA